CUAUCGAUAGUAUCGUCGAUAGUUUGACAGCUCGGGUUCAUGGCUCUAACCUUUUCUAAUAAAAUACCGAAGAUGGCAUCAAACAAGUAUGAGUUCAAGUUUAUAACUGCUUUUUAAACAAAAAUAUUGCAGAGGCGAAUGGUGAAGUGUAUGGUUUCACAACAGUCGACAAAAAGCUGUCGAAUUUUAUUAUAGUUGGGGCUGAGUAAACGUGGAGUGCUGGCAAAGGCAAUAAUGACAUUUAUACGAGAUCCUUGCGGCAUUGUAUGCCUGGUCAUCACCUACGGCGCAGUUAUGUACGCUGACUAUGUUGUCCUCCGCUGGAUUAUUCUGCUGACCAUGGAGGCGAGCAUUUGGGCACCAGUACAUGUCAUUAUGUUUAAUACGAUAAUUUUUCUCUUGUGCAUGGCCCACCUGAAAGCUGUACUUUCAGACCCUGGACGUGUACCAUUACCUGCGAAUCGCAUAGAUUUUUCAGACCUUCAUACUACAGGAAAAAAUGAAAACGGAGUUGUCGGCGAGUG